CUCGCGAGCCUCGCGGCGACGUUACACACGUCGCAUCGUGCCGGUUAUCGUGCCGCCCUACCUACAUCGUCCAAGGGUGAAUCUUCGUGUCAUCGCAGCGUCCUUCGGAGUGUCUACGGGAUUGUGAUAAUUCGGGUGUCGUGUAUUUAUUCGGCGAUUGCGAGCGGUAUGCGCACGGACGCGUCGUCGUCGUUGUUCCUGCAAGGGUUGAAAUGUCCCCUCAGGCUCACUUCCGGUAAACGCAAACCGGAAGACGUAGAUCGCGCUAUUCGAAUGCCCAACGUCGAUGUCGAGUGAGAAGCGUCACGGUAUUGUUGAGGGAAGAAAUCGGUAAAACGCGAAAGAGUUAAAGCGGCGAUUAGCUAGAAACUGGUGAAAAAAGUAAACGAUAUCAACGAGAAAGUUAAAUAGUACGCGUGAAAUUAAUAUAUCGGCGGUAUCGAACUGUUGUAAAAUUUUGCCCUGCCCAAUGAGGAACAAAUUAACUGGUGACGAAGAUGAAACGUUAGAAUAAAGAAGAUUCAUCACAUCGUAAACUAGUACAGUGUGUAGUUCGAAGAUCAAUUAAAAGUUUACGUGUCAAUUGGACUCAACUUUUGGCUAUAUUGUCGCAAUUAUUCAUAAAACACAGUGAAACAACGUUUGUGUGUGCAUUGAGUGAUUAUUGAGGAAAUGUGUCGAGUUCAGUGCGUGCAGUUCUUCCUCUUUUGAUUCCGUCGAAUGGGAUUCUCCUCGUCUUUGAACGGAAACGACAAGCAGCGUUCAAAGCGUGAUGAGUUAAUUCCAAAUUUAAAUAAUUUUUAACAAAGAAAAAUAAUCGCAGAUUGUACAGAAUAGUUAUCGAAAAGGAGAAAAUACAAUGUAGAAAUUCGAUUAAAUAGCGAUAUUUUACGAAUGGCGCAUUUGAAAAGUGUGAUAAAGAUCAUAAUAACAAUUAAUUAUCUUGAUAAUUAAUUUGAAAAAAACAAUUAGUAAUUGAGUGAAUUUUAACGAGCAAGAGUGAACGAAACAAGAUGCCAAGAGAUAUUCUGGAUUGAGGCUGUCACUUUACUGUUGAAUAAUCCAGGAAGGCGAAAGGACUAAUUGAAGUCAUGACUCGCACAAAUGAGAAGCCCAUCGGAAUGGCGGGAACUCAACGGUGUCGCAAUUAAUUGCGCAAGCGUAAAUGAGAGACGAUCGUUGCGAGACGCGGAGGUGAUCCAUAGAUCGUGCCGGGCGUGAUCAGUCGUGGUAGAGCGCGGGCGAGAGGAGGGUGGCAAGAUGGAACUUUUCCUGAUCUUCGUCUGCCUGAUCGCGCCGCCCGCCCUCUCGCUCUCUAUCAAGAGCAAGCUCAAUCCACGGAUCGUCCAGACGCGCUACGGCGAGGUGCAGGGCAUCACGCGGUCCUUCGAGUACGCCAAGUUCCUCAAGCCGAUCGACGUGUACCUCGGCAUACCCUACGCCACGCCACCGGUCGGCAGCAACCGCUUUUCCCCGACGAGAGCGCCGAGUCCUUGGGAAGGAGUCAGAUUAUCGGACUCGGUGGGUCCAGUCUGCCCCCAAAAGCUGCCGGACAUCGCAAACGAGCAGGAAGCGCUCGAGCGAAUGCCUAAGGGAAGACUGGAGUAUCUGAAGAGACUACUGCCUCAUCUGCGUAACCAGAGCGAGGACUGCCUUUACCUAAACAUCUACGCACCCGCUAUGGGCAUGGCGGAGGGCGGCAGGAAGCAUCCGGUGUUGCUGUACAUUCACGGUGAGAGCUACGACUGGGGCAGCGGAAACCCUUACGAUGGCAGUGUCCUAGCGAGCUACACCGACCAAGUGAUCGUCACCAUGAACUACCGGUUGGGCGUACUCGGCUUCCUGAACGCCAACGUGGCGCCGCAAACGAAGGCAAGGGUUGCGAAUUAUGGCCUCAUGGACCAAAUCGCCGCCCUACACUGGGUACAGCAGCAUAUCGCGCUCUUCGGUGGCGAUCCUGACAAUGUUACGCUCAUGGGUCAGGGCACUGGUGCCGCUUGCGUGCAUUUUCUCGCCAUUAGUCCCACCGUCAUUCGCGGAUUGUUUAAGCGAGCUAUACUGCUUUCGGGCAGCGCUCUUUCGUCCUGGGCGGUGGUGGAAGACCCUGUAUCUUACGCUUUGAAAUUGGCCAAGGCUAUCAAUUGUUCUAUUCCCGAGGAUCUUCUCAAGGACAAUGAGCUCAUAGUCGAUUGUCUAAGAGACAGCAGUCUCGAAGAGUUGAUGCAAGUCGACAUUCAACCUCCCACGUUUCUUAGCGCAUUUGGUCCAAGCGUUGAUGGUGUCGUAAUCAAACCAGACUUUCAAAAGGAUCUUUUGUCCUAUCUCGGUCCUGAAUUUCAAGGAUUCGGGCCGCUUUCUAAAAAAGCCGAACAUGGCGCACCGAUCACGAGCAACAACAAAUAUGAUUUGCUGUUUGGCGUGACAACGAGCGAGGCUUUAUGGAAGUUUGCGGAGAAGGAUGUCCUGCAAGGAUUUGAGGGUGAGAGAAGGGACAGGAUUAUCCGUACGUACGUGAGGAACGCCUACGUCUAUCACCUCACCGAGAUAUUUUAUACGGUGGUGAACGAGUACACAGACUGGGAACGAACGGUUCAGCACCCCGUCAACACGAAGGAUGCGUGCGUGCAGGCAUUGAGCGAUGCGCAGUUUGUUGCGCCGCUCGUGCAAACCGGAGAUCUCUUCACUCUGAGACACACGAAAAAACCGAACAAUCCUCAUAUUGCGCCGAUUCCCGACAGCGAGAAGGAGCCUAUGCCCAAGACGUACUUUUACGUGUUCGACUAUCAGAUGAAGGACGGCGACUAUCCCCAGAAAAUGGGCUCGGUGCACGGCGAAGAACUUCCAUUCGUCUUCGGAGCGCCAUUGUGGGUAGAAGGAUUUGGCCAUUUUCCGAAAAACUACACAAGAUUGGAAGUAGCACUCUCGGAAAGCAUCAUGCAGUAUUUCGCGAACUUCGUGAAAACGGGAAAUCCAAACAUUAUCGAUCAUCAUGGGAGAAACGACACUCUUUUGCCGGCUAGUAGAGAAAAGAGUCGAUUUCGCAGCUUGUCCUGGGAGCAAUACGAUCCAGUGCAUCAAAAGUACUUGGAGAUCGGAAUGAAACCGAAGAUGAAAAAUCACUACAGGGCGCACCAGCUGUCGGUUUGGCUGCGCCUCGUUCCUGAACUUCAUCGCGCCGGAAUGGAGGAUGUCGAUUCCAGGCAUAAUUUGUUUCGUGGCCACAGUGACCCUAGUUUAUACGACGGCUUCGUAAGACCAGAUCCUCUCAGCAGGAUCAGCGAGGAGUUCAAGAGGAAGAACCUCAGCACGGAUCCGCCGACCACGACGGAUUACAGCAUUACGACAUGCGUCAGCCUUAUCCAGAGCACCAAUCUUCAAAACGUCCAUAACGCCAGCACCGAUACCUUAGCCAGCCUGGACGCAGCUGGUUAUGCGGCGUAUUCGACGGCUUUGAGCGUGACAAUCGCGAUCGGCUGCAGCCUGCUGAUCCUGAACGUCCUAAUAUUCGCGGGCGUCUAUUAUCAGAGAGAUAAAACGCGCCUCGAGGUAAAGAGCCUCCAGCAGCAACAGAUGCUGAAUCAACAAUGCGGUCCUCGCGGUUUCACCGAACUGAAACAACCACCGCCUCCACACUCUCAUUACGCCGGUGCAGGCCAAGUGAUUGUCGACGUUGAAAAUGAAAUGUUAAGAAGGAAUGUAAUGAAAGGGCCUCCCAGCGAUCCGAACACUGCUUUCCAAGGCCAAGGAACUCAUACACUGCCUCAUCAACAUCAUUAUCAGAAACAACAUCAACAACAACACGCAACUCUUCCUCGAGCUUCAGUUAUUCAAGACUUAAAUACGCAAACUCAAGGUCCUCCGAAUGGAUCCAUCCACUUGACAGUUCCACGAGCUCCUCCGCCGCCCAGAGCGAAGAGUCCGCCGGAGAAUCAGCCUCUUCUACAAAGCGCGACGGUUUCGAGUCGCGUGUCACAGGCGACAAUGAGCGAAAUGCGAGUGUGAUGCUUGGACCCCCCUCCGAAGCCAGUCGUCCCAGAUGUCCUCACGGCGUCAACCUUGCUCUAGGUGACUCGCCACAGAUCUGUUGAAGUAGCCCUGAAGGGCUACUGACUCUUCGACAGGUCAAAGGAUAUCCCGGGGAACGUGAGCUCUGGACGAACGGAGGGGGGUGUUGGAGAAGAGUUUUCUCAUUAAUGAAGGAUGAUCGAGCCAAGAUUGCGUCUACCGAAUACGAUAGAGAGAAGCCGUUAAAAGUGUCGUAAACUUGGAAGUGCGAAGACUGCACGUUGAGACAGAAAAAUUCAAGGAUAAAAAAUUCCAGAUGCAUUUUUACGGAACAAAAUAACGGAGUCUACUCCAAUUUUCUAACAUUAUAAUUUUAUUAAACAAAACAGCCAAUACAGCUUACAGUUUGGAAAAGACGUGAAAAGUUUUUAAGAAAAAUUGUUAAUCUUAAUAAUUGAACCAAUUGAACGUUUUUAAUAGAAAUAAACGAAAGAAGAGAACUGAAAUAUUGACUGCACCUUACUUGAAACUCUUUGUGAUAAUCGGUAGACGCUCAAACAUUAAGAGAGAAAAAAGACAACAAAUCAGGAUGGCCAUCCUGGAUCAAUCAAAAAACUUCAAUCAAAUUGCGCGACGGAAUUAAACGCAAUGUAUUCCGCUAGUUAGUCGACAAUGAAGAAUCUAGUCGUUAAAGAAAACGAGGAAAGUGAUGGACGGCUCAACGUGAAUCGACGACGAUGAAGACAUGUAAAAAAGAAAUACUAGCCACUACGAUGUUAGAUGUUCCUUGUACAUAACACGAAUUUAUACCAUAAGGACGCCAAAGUUUGCUACUUCUAAGAGAACUGUAUUUGCAUCAUGCGUAUCGUUUAUUAUCCCAUUUCUCGGUUGAUGUGUCGAUAUCCACGCGCAAUGUCAUGUAAAAUGUUGGAAAACGAUUGCACAAGAGAGACAUUUUGGAGGCGUAAUAAGCGAGAUUGUUUGUCGACAACAAUGAUUUUUAAAUUUAUGAAACUUUCAGUUUUAUUACCUUUCUUUGAAUCUUCCUAAAUUUUUAAGCCCGUUUUAGGCGAUUUAUAAUUUGCGACAGAAAGAGUUUAAAAUAGAAAUAUAUUUUUAAUGUUACACAUUUCAGUGCGUGUGUGUAUUCUGAUUUUUCAAAUGUUUCUCGUAUUAUUCUAAAUGCCGAUAAUGCCUUACAUAGCUUUGAAUUGAUCAAUCAACUGUUCAACCAACUAACAAGUAAUUUGAAUAUCUAGAUUUUUUAACCAAGUCAUUAUACGCACAAAUAUACAAACACGAUAUGUUUGAUCCGAAAAUGACUUGCAAAAGCAUCAAUGAUAUGUGUAGACAGUACAUAAAAUUACAAAUAGAAUUUUAUUUAAUAACAAAAAAUCGAAUCUCGAAUUGUAGUGCAAAUUAUAGACUGUCUAAAAUGGUCUUUAAAUCUUUUGAUAUAUUGAUGGGAAUAAAAGGCUAAUUAUUACUUUUGUGACAUUUUAACGAUAUGUUUUUAUUUAAAAUUUAUUUAUUUCUAAAAUUCGGUUGUUUCUAAUCUUACUAUUUGAAAUAAAAUUAAUUCAAAUAAACUGUGUCAAUGUGCCAGCAAUAUCGCUUAUUAUUAGUGCUCUAAUUAGGCCAUGCAGGUGACUGUUGUGAACGUGUAUGUGUAUGUAUAUGAAUUAUGAUGCACGAUACGCACAUAGUAUGAUUUUCGAUAAUCCUCUGCACAUAUAUGAACGUAUAUGUGUUUUAUGUAUACAAGGGAUGACCAAUAUAUUUUAAGCCGUUUUUAUAAAUAUUUUUUAUUUCUCUAUUUCAGCGUAUUAAUUCUUUAUGUCAAAUAUGAGCUAUUAUAAACAAAAUAUAAACGAUAUUUUUUUGAAUUUUUAAAAUUUUGCAAAGUGGUCAUCCUUGAAGCUUUUUGAGGGAAAAUCAAAAUAAAGGGACAUUUUUGAUUUUUUUAAAUUUAGAAAUCAAAAAAUGCAAAAUUUUCCCUUUACUUUUUGACUUUCCCUAAUACAUUCGAUUAUGCUAUUCUAAAAAAAAAAUCCAACUUCCUGCGGACCUAUUAUCCUUCUCGUAAAAUAUCGUAAAGCAAUCCAAUCUAAUUUAAUUUGUGAUAUCGACCAAUUUAAUUAUGUGGUAUCCACUUUUCCAAGUUCUAAUUUCAUUGAAUACACGAUAUAUGGUUAUUCUUUUUAUUUUUUUUAUAAAUAUACAUAUAUAUAGGUGUAAAAUAAAGACAAGCGUAAAUCUGUUAUACGUAAUACACUGCCACAAGACUACAGGAAUGAACAGCUCACAAGAGAAUUGCGAUUCUUUUCACCUUUCAUGAAAGAAUUGUUUUAAAUAAUUUUGCAAAAUAGAUUAAUUUAUUUAUUUAAACGUAUUAUUUAAUUACACAUAUGUAUACGCGUAUUAGUGGAAAAUAUGUGAAAAUUUUAAAAGUUAACUCGCUAAUUAAACAAGAGCUUUCUUUAAUUUCAAGAAUCUUUUCAUAAAAUUAAUAAGUUUUCAAAGAUGAAAAGAAUCAAUAAACAGAGUGUUAUCAAAAUCCUCUUUGCAGACUCGACUUAUCGAUAAAACGAUAGAGGAAAGUCAAAGUUUUGUACAUACGCACCUUUGCUAAAUGUGAUAUCAAAGGGCGCAUCUUGCUUACUUUCUUCGCAAUACGUCGAUCGCGGCCACGAAGUGGCUUAGUUAACUCCUGGAAUCCUUGAAUCCUUGGAUCCUCAUCAAAGGAUCUUACCGUCCUAGAAGGAUCUCCGACUGUACUUUUGUAAUUGAAACAAACCCGUGCUCAUAGAGCGAAAGGAUCUUAAAUUGGCCACAGAAAUUGUUGCUCAUAAACGAGGAUAAGGAAAGGAUGCAAAAAUAUCUUGAGGGGCCGUGAUGUCUUGCGGAAAUGGCAAACCGGUUUAAUUGUGCUCGAAAUUGGAGUUUUAAAAAACAAAAGAACGCGAAAAAAACGAUGUUAUCUCGCCGAACGUAAAUUUUAGCAGAAUUUGCGAGUGUAAACUAAAUAUCGUGGGCGUUGUACGAUAUCAUCAUCAAGUAUGGGACAAUCUGAAUAUAUUAAAGAUUAAGGAACAGAACUGGUAAUAGUAAUAUAAAAAGUUGGCGGAAGAAAAGAAGAGAAGGAGAGAAAGAAAUUGAAAAAGGAGAAUACGCCGGACAGUUAAGCAGAUGUUUAAGAAAUUUAAAUAACAUAUUAUAAAUAUAUAUAUAUAUAUAUAUAUAUUAUACACAUAUUACACAUUGUAAUAAAUUAUUAUGACGGAUAUUAUUAUAUUUAUGUGAGACCUUUAGCUGGCCUCGCGCUCUCCUAGAAUGAUACCUCGAUUAUACUUUCCGGCCGAGGGCGAGGCUACCUGUUAUGUUUAAUGUUUUGUUGUCAAAUUGUAAAUAUAUAACGGUAUAUA